GGUACAGAAAGAAUUGAAGGCCUCAUCCUCAACAUGCACAUGUUAGAAGAUGAGUCUUCCUCAACAUUCUUUAAUGUUACUAAUGCAAAACGUCGUCUUGAAGACAGUUUAGGUACAUCCUUGCUUCCAUACCAGGGGGAUACAUCAAAACGGCGUCGUCUUGGCUUCUUGUCGUGGGAACCAAUGGCCACU